AUGGUUAAUCAUAAGAAUAUAUCAAUUCAAAAAGAAUCUUACGAUGAUAUUGUCGUAAAUAAGGGUUUGACAGAAAUUGUUUUGUUAAAUGUUACUGGUACAACAAGAAUGAAAGAACGUGGACAAUCCACACAACAAACCUAA